UGAUUCCAUUCUCAGUUUCUCACACCAAAAUUAUUUUCAUAUAUAAGAAGAGGAAAAAGGUAAAGCAAUGUGGGUCCAAUUAACGUCAAGUUGCAUGCGCAAUAAAUCACCCGAAGUGUUCAUAUGCUAUAUAGCCUCUAUCUUUGCUUUGUCUUUCUCCCUUCACUCAUAUGUUUCUUCCUAAUUCUCCUAUUAUACCUUAAAUAUUAUCAAAAACAAAAAGCCCAAUAGACACAAUGCUAAAUUCUCCGUAUCUAUCCUUCACACUUAUCUUUUUCUGCUGCAUUUUAUUCUCCGCUCUCACUUCGUCUUUGCCCGUUUCCGAUCCUGAGCUCGUUGUCGAGGAAGUACACAGGAAAAUAAACGAGUCUAUGUCAAGAAGGAAGCUAGGUUUCUUCUCGUGCGGGACUGGUAAUCCAAUCGAUGAUUGUUGGCGAUGCGAGAAGGAUUGGGAGAACAACCGAAAACGGCUAGCCGAUUGCGGAAUCGGUUUUGGCAAGAACGCUAUUGGUGGUCGUGAUGGUGAAAUCUAUGUGGUCACGGAUCCAGGAAACGACGAUCCUGUAAAUCCUAAACCCGGAACACUAAGAUACGCGGUAAUUCAAGAUGAACCGCUAUGGAUCAUUUUUAAGCGAGACAUGACGAUCCAACUAAAAGAAGAACUCAUCAUGAAUUCUUUCAAAACCCUAGACGGACGAGGAGCAUCCGUACAUAUCUCCGGUGGGCCAUGUAUAACCAUACAAUAUGUAACCAAUAUCAUCAUCCAUGGUUUACACAUACAUGAUUGCAAGCAAGGUGGAAAUACUUACGUACGUGACUCACCAGAGCAUUACGGAUAUAGAACGGUAUCCGACGGUGACGGUGUGUCCAUCUUCGGUGGGAGCCACGUGUGGGUUGAUCAUUGCUCGCUCUCGAAUUGCAACGAUGGGUUGAUCGAUGCGAUUCGUGGUUCAACGGCUAUAACGAUCUCUAACAAUUAUUUGACGCAUCAUAACAAGGUUAUGUUAUUGGGACACAGUGAUACGUACGUACAAGACAAGAACAUGCAAGUCACUAUCGCUUUUAACCAUUUUGGAGAAGGCCUUGUCCAAAGAAUGCCAAGGUGUAGACAUGGAUAUUUCCAUGUGGUGAACAAUGACUAUACACAUUGGGAAAUGUAUGCAAUUGGAGGAAGUGCUAAUCCUACAAUCAACUCUCAAGGCAACCGUUUUCUUGCCCCUGAUGACUCAUCUAGCAAAGAGGUAACAAAGCACGAGGAUGCGCCCGAAAACGAAUGGAGAAAUUGGAAUUGGAGAUCCGAAGGAGAUCUAAUGCUUAAUGGUGCAUUCUUCACCUAUUCUGGCGCUGGACCAACUAAAUCAUCAAGCUAUUCAAAAGCUUCGAGCCUAGCCGCGAGACCGUCCUCUCAUGUUGGUGAGAUAACUAUAGCCUCGGGUGCACUCAGCUGCAAAAGGGGUUCCCAUUGUUGACCAUGCAUACCCCACCAACGUGUAUGUGUCGCAUGUGUGUAUAUACGUACGUAUAAUAUAAUGAACCCAGCACUUGAAAGCUAAUUAUGUAAUAAUCUUGGUGGCAAAGUGAAGAAGUGUUUAUUACACAUUUUAUCUGGCCGUUGUGUCGGCAGAGUUAUUUCACUUGGUAAAA